AUGAAAAAAAGUGUUCAAGACGAAAGCACCGACAACCAGACGGACGAUAGCGUAAAACACACCUUGCAAGACAUCAAAGAGAUUUUGAAGCAGCAGAGUCUCUACAUCAUGUCACUUUCACAGAGCAUUGAUGUUGUUAAGAAAUCGAUGCAACAAAAAGCGGCCAUAAUCGACUCAAUUCCAUUUAAUGGAUCGCAAAUGGCUGAAGACGGCUUCAAUGUCUGCAGUAGCACGUCACUAAGCCAGAAGCUGAGCGACCUCGCAUCUGGAUGCCGCUAUAAGCUCGCUCACGUUGAGGGUCUUCCAAGAAUGCGGAUAAAUCAGCUCAAGGUGUUCAUUGCCGACAUCUGCAACAUCGAGCGUGAGGCAGUUGCAAACAUAGGCUACAUCAACGACGAGGCUGUUGAGAUUGUGAUUGCUGUUUCAGCCAUUCCUGCAUUCACAGCUGGAAUUCGAAAACGAUCCGAAUUCAUCUUCCUUGAUAGUGCCCACAUAAUAAUGGCAGAUCGAGAGGGCGUAUUGAAGAGGCUGAAGCGUGUUGAAUCGGACAAGGUGAAGAACUCGGACCUCAAAAAGAUGUUUAAGAAUUUGCAGGAGGUUCUCACCACUGAGAAGGCUGACCUAGACAAAAUUCGUGCCACAACAAUCAACAGCUACCUGGACAACGAGGACUAA